AUGCUCUUGGGUACCCCUAAGGGACAUCCUAAUCACUUUGUUCAACACCUCGUCCGAGAACUCCAUAUCCACUGGCACCCGUGGCUGUUCAGCCAAGCGGUAACCUGUCGCCACGAUGUGCUCGAACCGGCUUCGAAUCCCGUUGACGGGGCUAAUCAGACCCAGGCAGGGCCAAAACUGCAGUGGAACCAGAAUUACAAAACUUUUUGGGAUGCACGGCUAGAGGAAAUUCAACAGCAUUGCUAG